AUGAUGAAAUUAAGGGCUUAGAGCUAGAGAGAAAAAGAAAAGCAACGGAAGAACUUACAGAAGGAAAUAAAAGAAGAUGGACAGUUAAUAGUGCCAUUCCAAAUUCAGAGCGUAAUAAUGUAUACUUUGUUGAUCCAAUGAAGGAGAGUGUUCCGCUCCUUGAUAUGAUUCGGAGAGGAGAAUUUGUUGCUUUAUAUGGUGCACGCGCUUCAGGAAAAUCCACACGUGUGAUUCAAGUUAAGGAACAGUUGACAGGCGAAGGCUUUAUCUGUAUUUACAUAACUCUCGAGCUGAUUAACAUAGAAUCUGUAGAUAAAUUCUGGAUAUCACUCGGCCAUUCUUUCGAAAUCAAGGGCACUUCCGAUAUCAAAUUUGCUGGUAUCAAAUCCGCUAGUGAAUUCGCUAGAUUGUUUGGGAAAGACAAGUGUAAAAAAAAGGUGAUUCUCUUUGUCGAUGAGUAUGAUGUAUUGUAUGAAGCGGAUGAUGACAUUAGAGCCUCGUUCCUUGGGGCCAUCCGUGGCAUUAAAAAUGCAAAAGAUGAAUAUUCUCUCUGGUCUUCUGUGGCCAUCGGCCCCUUCAGUAUCUUACAUUUGAGUUCAAAAAGGAGUACGUCACCGUUCAAUGUGAAAGAUCCAUUCCAAAAUCCAAAUUUCACGAAGGAGCAAGUACAGUUAUUAUAUAGAAACUUUGCACAUGACUACGAUCUCAAUAUUGAUCCGGCAAUAGUUGAAGACAUUUACACACGGACAAAUGGACAUGCCGGCCUUGUAUGUCUUUGCGGAAAAGCUAUUUAUGUAGACUUAAUAAGGAAACUUGAUGAAAGAAGAAGGCUUGACUUUUUAACCUGGUCAAACUUCACCAUUAGUUCAUUACAAAAAUCGGUACUUGAUUAUGCCACCUUUAGAAAGAUGGUCCAUACGCUUACCAAGGAUAAAGCCAGGAAAGCCAUGCAACUUAUUCGAUCUGCAUUCAUAGGAUUCUUUGAUUUAAUACAAAUUGUUGAUUAUGAAGAAAGAAAUUUAGCAGAAUUCUUAACAGCUGAGGGUGUGCUAAUUAGGGAUGAAAAGACCAAAGAUAGAUUUAAAAUGUCAUCUGCUCUUGUAGAUGAGCUGGUUCGACAAAGAGUCAUUCCUGAAUUAUUCAAGUCCUCCCCAACAGUUGCAGUUCCUGAAAAACGUGAUGGAUUCCUUGAUACUGUCAACAUUUUGAAGACAGUCGUCCAAUCCUUUGACCAAGACAUCAUUUCUAGAGCAUUCUAUCGGUCAUUUAAAACAGCACAUGAUGUAUAUGUGAAUGGUCAAAAAAACAAACGUGUUCCCCGAGAAAGUGUCUAUGAUACAGAGAUGAACAGGAUCUUAAUCAACUGGAUUUCCAAACAACGUAAUUUUGAGGUCACUUCUCAGUGGCAUUUGGUAGAAUAUCAUGCCAACGAAAAAGAUAAACACAUAUAUAGUGACCUUGUAAUUAAAACUCCAUAUCAGACAAUUGUUUUGGAACUUCUAGCUACUGCGACCAAAACACAACUCAAUGAACACUUUGUACGAGCACUUAAAUAUGGGAAUAAGCUAUCUGCGGAAGAUGUUUGGAUAGUACAUUUCACAUGUGAGGAUAAUUCAACCCAAAAUCCCUAUUAUCCAUCUAAUGAAGAAUUGAGCAAACUUAAUAUUGUACACUUCUUGCAUGAUGAAGAGUUUAAAAAUGUGCGAAUGAGUACUCGAUUCAUAGAUAGCUCUGUUUGA